AAGGGAGUUGAUUCAAAGUUCUGGGCGACGUAUAAGAAAGUUUCGAAUGAGUACGACGACGACUUCCUCGAGCGAGCGAAUGGUGAUAUGGGCAUUAUCCUUACUUUCGCUGGUUUAUUCUCAGCGGUCAACUCCACCUUCAUCGUCAGAAUGCAGCCUAACCCGGGAGACACUACAAAUGCCCUCCUGGUGCAGCUAAUCCAGAUCACUGUUAGCGGCCCAAAUGCCGUAAAUGACACCAGCAAUCUUUCCUCGUCCAUGGGCUUUUCCUUUUCUUCUUCGACUGUCUGGAUGCAAACACUUGCCUAUGCGAGCCUUGCCUUUAGUGUCUUGGCUGCGUUCGGGGCUGUCUUAGGAAAACAAUGG